GGCCUCGCACCUAUUUAUGUUCAGUUCCUCCCCAGCACCCAACAUCCAAUAGAGAACAUCAGACGCAUCCAUCUACCAGCUUCCAGAAUCAAGAUUAUCAUCAUCAUCAUCACCAUAUAGAUAAGAAGAUAUGGCGGGAUACAACAAAAAUAGUGUUCUGUUACGUUUUGUGAUGAUUCUGGUGAUCAUGUUGGAGACACUAGGAGCUAAUUCAUGUUCAGGAGCUCGAGUAAUUCAGGAUCAUCAUGUGGCAGGAGUACUUAAUGGCGCCGAUGAAGCAAUGAAAAAGGCGGCAUCAGUAAUAUCAUCGGGGCCGAGCCAUCGGGGAAAUGCAGCUCCCGGCACAAUUACUACUCUCAUGAUGCAUCGAUAUUAUGAUGUUGAACAUCGCCGGCAUCAUCGUCAUCACGGCGGCCAGAGGAGUUUCCAUCACCAGUUGAGCUACUCAGUGCCGAGCCCCGGAGUAGGCAACCGCCGGUGAAACCCAGUAGCCAGCUGCUAGCUACUACAGCAUUUUGGCUGCAUUUGUUAUGAAGACAAGAGACCCAGUUUUUGCCUGUUUUUGUUUGGAAAGAAUAUAUACACGUGGAUUAA